GGGCCCACGGGUUGAGGGUAUGGUGUUGGACGCAUGGCCGCAUGGCGCCUCGCUGAAAAGAAGGUCCUCCAACAUUCCGAGGGGGCCGGGGAGGGGGCGGACGUCAAGUUUCACGCGCCCUGUCUUGCUAAUGCCGGGUGGUCGGCGGAUCGUCCUCGCCAAGUACUUCCUGGCCACUGAGUCACCAGACGCCGUUGAGUUCGGCAACGGCAAGAUGCUCGCUGACAAUUUUCGGUUCUGCGGCCCCGUUAUAGGGCCGCUCACCAAGCACGAGUUCAUGGUCAACGUGAAGGGUAUCGAGUUCGGCGACAUCUUCCCGGACGCCUCCGCCCGGUACCACGAUUUUCGCGUGGACAUGUUCGAGCCAAACAAGGUCUGGUACACGAGCAGGGCCACGGGCCAGAACACGGGGCGUGGCAAGCCCGGCAGCGACACGGAGCUGCUGGCGGGCGAGCCCACGGGCCUCACGUUCGUGAGCGCGCCGGAGGCGAACAGCAUCCGUUUCACGGAGGACGGGCUGGUGGACCAGUUCACGGUCGGCUACGUCAUGGACCGGUCCAUCGGGAACACCGGUGGCCUCGGGGGCUUCUUCGGCCCGCUGUACGCCAUCGGCAAGAACUUCCCGUUCGAGGAGGCCAAGCCCUGGCGGCCGUCUCUGGGCUACCAGAUCUACGUCAGAGUGGGCGCCUUUUUCAACAGGCUCAGGUGCAAGCUCGAGGGGCGGCCCGAGGAGGAUGGGAUCUACAUGCCGACGGGCACGGGCGAGCUCGGGCUGAAGUGAGGCGCCGCCGAGCCGAGCCGGCGGGCCGACAGACUCACGAGGGCGCCCCGAGCGCAGGUUGCGCGUGCGCGGCCGCUUCGCCAA